AUGAAAAUGAAUCUCCAAAUAAUGGCCAUGCCGUCGCUGUUUUCCAGACUAUUGAUCCUUGCCUCCUUGGCAUCAUUUCAGGUGGUUGCGUUUGGGACUCCCAGUUUCGGUCGUACCAGUACCAGUAGCAGCACUAGCAGACCUUCUUCAGUCAGUACCGUCGAUUUCUCGGAUGGCCAUUUGUCUUCCUUCUGUAGCGUGGAACCCAGUUCACAAGACGUGCAAAGCGGGUCGCUCUUUGAAAAUACCGUAAACUCCGUCAAGACAAGAGCCGAAGUGGGCCUCACAGGUCCAGCAGAAGAAAUCAGACGACCUGUGACCUUUGUCAGUCCCAGAUUUCAAUGCUUCAUUGAAGACACAGACUCCUACGGGGUCAUGUACCAUGCCAACUACCUAAGAGCCUACGAUAGAGCCUUGCACUCCAUGUUCAUGAUCAACGACAAUAGUUUGAACGAUGUCAUCAAUUCAUGCACUAGCAUGGCACCGGACGGGGCAGACAUUGGAGGUUUCAAGAAUAAACAAGACCAUGAAGCUCUCAUGGUGGACACGUAUGCUGACUGGUCCAUUGUCAAUGUGGAACAUCAAAAAUUCAACAAAUCACCACCCCUGGGAGGAACCUUUGUGAUUCAUGGAACCAUGAUUGAGCAACCCAACAAGGAACGAGAGGUAUGGGAUUUGUACAUGCGAGAACAUGAACACCCACAGUCUACACUAUUCAACUUUGCACGGGUCACCAUUGCCCGCCCAGGCGUCUUUAUCCCACCCGAUAAUAUUGUUGCGGAUAUUGCAGAGGAUCAAGAAGCCGAUAUUAUUCAGACCAAGGACAUGUUCUGGCUCUACCGCGAUGAAUUUGAUGCACAUUAUCCCACUCAUUUGCCGCUUCGGAAUGCACUCUGUCUCUUUGAACGAUCCAGAAGCAACCUCCUCGGUGGACCAGAACGCCUCCGAAUGCUCAAGGAACGAGACAAUCUUGUCUUUGUCGUCACCAAAAUCAACGAUUGUUGCAAAUUCCCCGCAUCACCAGGGAAUGGAGAAGUGGCUGAUCUAAAACCAGGCAACCUCGUGCACAUUGAUACAGAUUUCGACGUGCGAAUGAAUGGAAAGAUUAUUGAUUGUCAUCAAACGCUCUAUGCCGAUGAUCGACCUGUGGCACAGGCAACCGUCACACUCAUGACACUCAACGCGGAAACAUUCAAGCCAAGCUCGGACCUGCCCGAAUGGUUGAGAGACGUACUGGAAGGCAGGGUAAAGCCAGGAGAAGUUUAUGGAGACGACUACGACCAAGUCGCGCCAACCUACUUGGAUGCAAAGACUGCCUUCUUGCCUCCUCAAGAUAGCCCACAAGCAUGA